AUGCCUCUGCCCCAACGGCCCGAACAGGCGUCACCGCCCCGGCGGGGUGAUCAACAACACGAGCAACGUCAUUCGCGUCGACAUUCCCAAUCGCGCCGACGAAGAACUUCAGACCUAGAGAGCACGCGAUCGCACGACCGCACCAACAGCGAUGGCAAGAGCAAGAGCGGCCCCCAUGCCUACGCAAGGCCUCUUCCCUCACCGAAUACCCCGGUGCCCAUGGACCGCGACCCCAUUAUGCGCGGCGGUCACAAUGAUUCGGUACCAGAGCUGAGCAGGAAGCGCAGUCUCAUUCGUCCCGAGCGCCAGCGAAUGGACCCCAAUCAUCCCAACUAUCACUACCGUAAACAUGCCCAGCGCAUGAAUGUCCAGCCUUCCACGACCGGCAACGACCCCAUCAUGGAGGACCAGCUCGAGUCGGAAACCAUGAGCUCGGAGAGCACCGGAAACAAGCCCUCACAUAUGCGAAAUGCUUCGAGUGGCGGUGGAGGUUACACAGACAAGCAGGUUCCCUUGGACGACGGCGAGCCGCAGAUACAGCGCAAGUUGACACGGAGCCAAACAAUGCAAGCCCGGGAGAAGCAGCGGCAGAAAGAGCAGGACAAGCUCAGGCCACCCAGUCUGUGGAAUGUCUACUGCGCUAUCGUCACCUUCUGGGCUCCAGGCGCUAUAUUGAAAUGCUUCGGGAAGCCGCAGAAGGCCCAGCAGCGGGCAUGGAGGGAAAAGGUCGGCCUGGUCAGCAUUAUUCUUAUGAUUUGUACUUUUGUCGGAUACAUUACAUUCGGUUUCACAGAGACUGUGUGUCCAUCGAACGGCAAUGUUCGUCUCAGGACAAACGAAGUCGGAGGUUCAUAUCUCAUCAUUCAUGGAAAAGCAUAUGAUCUAGCCCAGUCCAAACAUCCUGCUGCGCGUGGAAUCCCCGAAGGCGCCAACGUACUAUUCGAUCUCCCGGAGAAGCACAGCGGUCAAGACGCAAGUUUUCUGUUCCAGAACGUCAAUGGGGCGUGCAAAGGACUCAUCACGGAGAAGCCGAACUCUGGUAUCCCUACAAGCGGAAAUGGCAACUUGGCUUGGUAUUUCCCAUGUCGGCUGUUCAAUCAGGACGGCUCGAGCAAGCCAAACUCUUCAUUUUCAGAGUACAAUGGUUUCCAGUGCCAUACAUCCGACUCUGCGCGCAACGCCUUUUAUGGCCUUCGCAACGCUGGCGAUGUAUACUUUACCUGGGAAGACAUCCGCAACAGCACAAGAAAUCUGAUGGUAUGGGGCGGUGAUGUGCUGGACCUCGACUUGCUCGACUGGUUCAACCGCACUCAAGUAGACAUCCCACCCAUCUUCGACCAAAUCCGCCAAAACCCUGCCGUGCGGGGUGUAGAUGUUACGCGCGCCUACUCCUCUAGUUACGAAAAGCAGGUUGCUAGGUGCUUCACUCAGACAGUCAAAGUCGGUACUAUUGAUACUGAGAGCAUUGGCUGCAUUGCUUCAAAGGUUGUGCUUUACGUCUCGCUAGUCUUCAUUCUAUCCGUCGUGCUAGCCAAGUUCUUCCUCGCUUUGAUUUUCCAGUGGUUCAUUAGCAAGAAGUUUGCCGCCUCCAAGACUUCCUUGGGCCCGGUUGACUCGAAGAAGAGAAAGCAGCAGAUUGAGGAAUGGAGUGAUGAUAUUUAUCGCCCACCGCCAAAACUCAUGGACCCGGCUUCCGGCUCUGACCGCAGCAACAAGCGUGGCAGCACCUUCCUGCCGUCGACCUCUAGAUUCACCAGCCCCUACUCGGUCGACAAGAACGCAAAGAUGCGAGCUCCGCCAACGACCAUGACGAGCCAAAGCGCCGCAUCUCGCCUCCUCGGGUCCAACAGCGGCAUGUACAAACAACUCAACGCUAGCCACGGCACUCUUCCCACCGAUGGAGCUCUCAACCCGCAACAUUCGUCACAGGAGUCUAGGACAAGUGUACUACUUUCAGCCAACACCGAGACCAAUCGCUACUCGAGCACUGAGGGUUCCGGUCCGGCGGGUUUCACGCACGAUGAGGUGGUACCUCAGCCUCCUCCGGAAUGGCAGCCUUUUGGAUACCCGCUGGCUCACGCCAUUUGUCUAGUCACUGCAUAUUCGGAGGGUCCUGAGGGUCUCCGAACCACGCUUGACUCGAUCGCCACGACCGACUAUCCCAACAGCCACAAGCUGAUCCUCAUCAUCUGCGACGGUAUGAUCAAAGGUCACGGAGAAGAUCUCACGACGCCCGAAGUCUGUCUCAGUAUGAUGAAAGAUCAUGCGGUCUUGCCGCACGAAGUUCAGGCAUUUUCGUACGUUGCAGUCGCUAGCGGAUCGAAACGACACAACAUGGCCAAGAUCUACUCAGGCUUCUACGACUACGGUGAGGACACGAGGAUUCCGACUGAGAAGCAGCAACGUGUUCCAGUGAUGCUAGUCGUCAAGUGUGGCACACCCGAUGAAGCCAAGAAAUCGAAGCCUGGUAAUCGUGGAAAGCGCGAUAGUCAAAUCAUCCUCAUGUCGUUCCUGCAAAAGGUCAUGUUUGACGAGCGUAUGACGGAGCUUGAGUUUGAGAUGUUCAACGGCAUCUGGAAGAUAACGGGCAUUUCGCCCGAUUUCUACGAGAUAGUACUCAUGGUGGACGCGGACACAAAAGUCUUCCCCGACAGCUUGACACACAUGAUCUCAGCCAUGGUAAAAGACCCAGACAUCAUGGGACUGUGUGGAGAAACAAAGAUUGCCAAUAAGCGGGAUUCGUGGGUGUCGAUGAUCCAGGUGUUUGAAUAUUUCAUCUCGCAUCAUCUAGCCAAGUCAUUCGAGUCGGUCUUCGGCGGUGUCACUUGUCUGCCGGGUUGCUUCUGCAUGUACCGCAUCAAGGCCCCUAAAGGCGGUCAGAACUACUGGGUGCCGAUCCUCGCUAAUCCCGACAUUGUCGAGCACUACUCGGAGAACGUGGUCGACACGUUGCACAAGAAGAAUCUGCUGCUGCUAGGUGAGGAUCGCUACCUGUCGACGCUGAUGCUCAAGACAUUCCCCAAGCGGAAACAGGUUUUUGUGCCGCAAGCCGUGUGCAAAACCACGGUACCGGAUGAGUUCAAAGUCUUACUGUCACAACGUAGACGAUGGAUUAAUAGUACGAUUCACAACCUGAUGGAGCUUGUGCUAGUGCGAGAUCUAUGUGGCACCUUCUGCUUCAGCAUGCAGUUUGUCGUGUUUGUCGAGUUGAUGGGAACCCUGGUCCUGCCGGCCGCCAUCGCGUUUACACUUUACCUAAUUGCCAUCUCCAUCAAGGCUGCCGUCCUUCACACGGCCGCUCCUGUCAUACCCCUCAUCCUUUUAGCGCUCAUUCUCGGACUCCCGGCCAUCCUCAUCAUCAUCACGGCUCACCGAUGGUCUUACGUGGCCUGGAUGUUUGUCUACCUGCUAUCGCUCCCCAUCUGGAAUUUCGUCUUGCCGGCGUACGCGUUUUGGAAGUUUGACGACUUCAGUUGGGGCGAUACGCGCAAAACGGCGGGUGAAAAGACCAAGAAGGCCGGGUUGGAGUAUGAGGGAGAGUUUGACAGUAGCAAGAUCACGAUGCGCAGGUGGCAUGACUUUGAAGCCGGUAAGGAGCACAACAUCUCGCGAUAA